UGGUGGCGAGUCUCAGCCUCAGCCUCCGCCCCCCCUCUCCCUCCCCUCUGAGUGGUGUAUUUGUCGAACGGGGAUAAUAUGUCCUCGUCGACCUCCUCUCCGCCGGUGGAUAAAGUCGAUGGGUUCUCGAGGAAGUCGGUGCGGAAGGCCAAACAGAAGCGCUCGCAGAGCUCCUCGCAGUACAGGUCCCAAGGAAAAGCCAUCGACCUGAGCCCUCUGCCUCAGCUCAAAGACGUUUCUGUAGCUGAACAGCCUGAGCUCUUCUUGAAGAAACUACAACAGUGUUGUGUCGUAUUUGAUUUCAUGGAUACGUUAAUAGAUCUGAAACAGAAGGAGUACAAGCGGUCAACUCUUAAUGAACUGGUGGAUUAUGUUGCGGUCAGCCGAGGAUUCUUGUCAGAACGGGCUUACCCUGAAGUAGUUCAAAUGGUUUCUACCAAUAUAUUCAGGACUCUUCCUCCAUCUGACACUUCAGAAUUUGAUCCAGAAGAAGAUGAACCAACCCUUGAAGCAUCCUGGCCUCAUUUGCAGCUUAUCUAUGAAUUUUUCAUUCGGUUUUUGGAGAGUCAAGAAUUCCAACCCAGCAUUGCCAAAAAAUAUAUAGAUCAGAAAUUUAUAUUGCAGCUUUUGGAUCUGUUUGACAGUGAAGACCCCCGGGAAAGAGACUACCUAAAGACUGUCUUGCACAGAAUUUACGGAAAAUUUCUUGGACUUAGAGCAUUUAUCCGGAAGCAAAUUAACAAUAUUUUUCUACGAUUUGUUUAUGAAACGGAACAUUUCAAUGGUGUAGCAGAACUUCUGGAAAUAUUAGGAAGUAUAAUAAAUGGCUUUGCAUUGCCCCUGAAGGCAGAACAUAAGCAGUUUCUGAUCAAGGUGCUGAUACCUUUACAUACUGUAAGGGGUUUGGCCCUGUUCCAUGCACAGUUGGCAUAUUGCAUUGUACAGUUUCUAGAGAAGGAUCCAACGCUAACUGAACCGGUCAUUAGGGGUUUACUAAAGUUCUGGCCAAAAACUUGCAGUCAAAAGGAGGUCAUGUUUCUUGGGGAGAUAGAAGAAAUUUUGGAUGUGAUUGAGCCAUCACAGUUUGUAAAAAUUCAGGAGCAGCUCUUCAAGCAAAUUUCCAAAUGCGUCUCCAGCCCCCAUUUCCAGGUGGCUGAAAGAGCGUUAUAUUACUGGAACAAUGAAUACAUUAUGAGUCUCAUAGAAGAGAAUUCUAGUGUAAUCCUGCCCAUCAUGUUUGCCAGCCUUUAUAGGAUCUCUAAAGAACACUGGAAUCCGGCUAUUGUAGCAUUAGUCUACAAUGUUUUAAAGGCUUUUAUGGAAAUGAACAGCACCUUAUUUGAUGAUCUGACAGCCACCUACAAGUCAGAUCGCCAAAGGGAGAAGAAAAAGGAAAAAGAGCGGGAAGAACUUUGGAAAAAGUUGGAGGAUCUUGAAAUAAAGAAAGGUCUGGAAAAUGACAGGAUUAUCCCAACUUAACAAAGAUAACAAUGGUGCUAAAAACCCCAUGGUAUACAUUCAUGUAGUAAGAGGUGGAGCAACAGUUUUCUGUAUUGUGCUACUUACUUUACAGUAGAUUUCACAUCUGUUUCAUUAUCAACGCCAGUCGGUUCUGUAACAGUACUGUAUAUAACUUUUCUCUUCACGUUUAAAUGGUAUGAAAAAAGGAAGGGCUUCAGUACAAAACAUGUACAGUAGAUGGAUGUCUGAGAGCUCUUCUAUAAAUGUAGUCAUUGUUUUAACUUUUUUUCAAAAAAAAAAGAAAAAUUUUUAACAUCCCUGUGGGUGGCGCAGAAAUAUUCCCAAGAAGAUUGCUGCAAUCACAGUACCUGGAUCUGAGGUUCCCUACUUGUUGCUGGCAGACUACAAGCAAAUAUAUUUUUAGACAGAAGAUUGUGUUCCCCGCUUGUCCCUGUGACUUUGCUGCAUCUUAAUUUAUAGUUUAAAAGGAGACGUUUCUGCACAUUUCUUACCGAGUUUGUGGACGUUUUGGUUUUAUUUUUUAAUUUGGUGGUUUUAAACCCGUUUUAAUUAAGCCUAUUGUGGUGGUAACAUGCCUCGACACACAGCACACUGGUUGUGUAAAGGUUGAAGUGUCCACGUGUAUCUAUCUGGUUCCAUCGAGGUGCAAUGCAUAAGAACGUUUGUACUGAGUAGCGUACUGGAGAUGCACAGAUACACAAGCUGAACUGUGCGUUCGAACAUCCAUCACAGAUACACAAUUGGUAUUGGUGUGAUACAGGACUCAGUAAGCAAGAUGUAACCAAUAAGUAACCAGUUUGGUUAUUAAGGUCUUGGUUCGUUAACAAUGUAAGGUACAUAUCCUCAUUUUGACCUGUUGUAUAUCCCAUUUAUACCACACACACCCCAAAAAAAUUGUGCAACUAGCUUUAAUUUAACAAAAGGUUCCCGUAGAGAGACAAACGCCCUUCCCCACUUUGUGCAUAGAACCUAGUGAGUGCGUUAUUCAUUGUGUGUGAGUUUGCUUGUUGGGGUAUAGUCAAUGUGACUAAGACCAGCAGUAACAUUGGUAUUGUGUAGAUGAAUAAUUUAAUGUGAGGUCAUCAACACCAUACACAACAUCUCAACAUGUUUCUUAAAGGAAAUGAACAGUAGGGAAUUGAGCCAUAAUGUCUUAUGGUGUCGUAUGCACUGUAUUGAUCCAGUUGGAAUGUUACACGACCAGUGUUAUAUUGCUCCAUGUGUUACACCACUCUGUUGAUGCAACAGCUUUUCAUCCCACCAGGUGUGGGCAUUGUGUAUGGUAUAAAACCUUAUUUUAAAAAAAAAUUGUAGUUUUCUUUCUCCAAAUGUUGUUGCAGAUCAUACACACACAUCACCUUCCACCUUUCUCAACUUUUUUUUAAAAAAAACAACUUUACAUUUCUCUUCAAAACAAAUUACCAAUAAGUUGCACAGAUUGUUCUCCAUUUUUGCCCAUUAGAUGACCAGGUUAGAAGGUAAACCCGAGCAAGAAGCAGUCCGAGUAGGGCACUCUACAGCAAGAGGAGACUAGAUUUCAUUUCUUUCAACUUUGGAAAAAAUGGGCUAUGUGGGCCAAACAAGAUACUGCCUCUUCAAGAUUUUGUGUUCCAUCAAUAGUAUGCUGUUGAGUUAUUACCGUUGGGUCAAAUACAAGAUAUUUGCAGUCAACCAGAACUGGCGACUCCAAUGGAUACUGUACUCGGAACUGUAGGCUUGAACGUGCUGAAGUAGCCUAAAAACUGAUGUGGGUAUGCUGCGUAUGGAUAUUUAAACUUUGUGUGAUGUGUUAAAACAAAAGUCCAUCUUAGGAAACCGAAAUUGUCUUUCAAGGAUGAGUGAGGUUUGAAAGAAAUGUAAUACAACUUCUACAAGAUGGGUUCAGUGAGACGCAAGUUGAGACUGUUUUAAGUGGGCUCCACUGUAACUUCAAAGUGCUAAACGGUGAAUGUGAUGGUGCACUCUAGUCAGUAAACAGUUAAUAACCCCCUUGUUUAAGCAGCCCUGACUGUUGCUUACUGUGCACAGUGGUAGUAUACAUGGUUUGGAUACCAACACAGGAUUUACUGUAUUUCAUGACAGAUUACUGUGUGAACGCCCUUAGGUCCACUUUUUGACCACUUACUGUAAAUAGGCUGUAAUCAGAAGCUCAUGUAUUGACCGAGGACUUUUAAAAUACAGAUCUUACCAAUGAA